AUGGCUGAUGUGCGCCCAGAGUCUAGCCGCAGCAUACUGGAGGCUUUCUACUACGGCCGCGCUUUUGCAGAGACCCUCAAUGCAAAAGUUGGAGCUGUUGUUGAAGAUGUGCUGAGCGACAUCGGCAAGCAGAGUGCAGAGAGCUCACAGGCCCUCAGGGAGUUCCAGGAAGAGGUCGAAGAGAGGGCGCAGAGUGAGUUCUCUGAAUUCUUGUCAGCGUCCAGCAAUGGUGCAAGCUAUCCGCCCAAUGCAGCGCUUUCCAACACGACGGUGUACAGCAGCGAUGGCCGCUUCAGUGCAGGCAAUGGCCGCCAGCCUGUAGUGGCAGCAUCUCCAGAUUUGCAGGAAACAGUGGAUGAGCUCAGAGCGGAGAUGGCCUUGACACGGGCAGCGGUGCAGAGCUAUAGAAACAAGCUCCAGCAGUAUAAUCCACAAUGA